AGGAAAAAUUAAGAUAAAACAAAACUUUAAAGAAUGGUUCCAUUUCUUUGAAGACGUUUACCUCCAAAGAAAACACAAAUAACAGCAACAUAUCCUUGAUAAGAACUUGAUUUACUCCGAUUUAAACUUGAUUCUCUUGUGGGUAAAUCUGACAUACAGUUUACUUUAUUGCUAACAAAGAAUGUAAUCGUCAGAAGCCACGUGUCUUCCUUUGUACUGUAACAUUUACUGGAUCCUGCUGCUAUUUCUAGAGUAAUCUAGAAGAAACCAAUUUGACAAUGUGGUAUGGAGAAACAGGCCCAUUUGUUUUGGUAAUCAGUUCUUGGCUGACAUUCAAGAGUGUUGCACCAUGAAUGCCCACACACUCCCUGUUUCUCUUUUGGCUUCCUGUGCCACCUGCUGCUGGCGGUACUUUAGAGCAGGGCAUCUAAGGUGACAGAAAAGAAAAGAAACCAUAUCUGUAGUAAAUGUUACAAUAGUCAGAUAAAGCAUAGAUGUAUGAAUAGAUGCAUGUCUUAUUAUGUCCUACACCCUGAAGAAUUUAUUUAAAGCAGCGAUCUGCCUCUGAGAGCCGGGCCAGUAUUUGCAUUUCCUGCAGAGACAGUAAGUGUCGUUCUUUAGUCAGGGACAAGAGUGGGUGUCAUUUUUGAACCCCUACUGAGAGAUUCCAGCUGGGCAGUCUUUGACCUACAAGUUCUUUGUGUGUGAGGCUAAUUCUCCAUUUUUUUUAAAAUCACAAUUGAUUUUUUUUUGGUCAGAGUUCCUUGUAUUAAGCUCCUUUCAAGCGUGUCACAGAUAAAUAGAUACAAUGAAUGCAGUGCAGCAGCAACAGAUACAACCACAACUUCCUCCAUCUCAACAAAAGACAGAACAGGCUGCAGGUGCACCAAGAAGAACAACCGUAAGAAGAGAAAUAUCACGCUAAAACCCAAACUAGGCAGUUGGAGAUGUUCUCUCACCCUAAGCAGAGGACCUGGACAUUCCUGAGGUCAAGAAACCAAGGAUAGCAGAGGAUCUUUCACGCUGAGACUUCAAAGCAGAGAAUAAAAGAAGAAUACCCCAGUUUUGAAGGGGAAUCACACUAAAGGACUAUAAAAGGACAGCUGGGGUUAGUUAAUAAUCUUUUAUUUUUCUGCAACUUUCGGACAAUGGAUUAUUCCACAAUCUCGACUUCUGCAAGCAGUUAUGGCAAGCAGGGGUCAGGUGACCUGCUUCGCUCUUCAUCUAAUCUCACUCGCCGACCUGGUUUCAGGAGAAAGGAAACUUUUGAAAAUGUGGUUCGAGAGAAAUCUCAGAGACAAGCUGGGAUCAACGGUACGCCCAAAAAAGAGGACACAGACACUGGAUAUCAAGCCCUAACUAGAACAAGCUCCUCUAAAAAUCGGGAGGCGGACGUAGGCUAUCAAAAGCCAACAGCCUUCUACCAGAACAGCACAAGCAGAGUAAGAACCUACAAGACUGGCACUGACGACAAAGAAAAUCCUGAAUUUGAAAGUCAGGGUCGGACAGAAUGGCGGGGUUGGAGUAUGGACAGGAAAACAGGGGCAGAUGUAUCGACAUCCUCAGCAAAAAGAGAACUUGACCUCAACAAACAUUACGACAGGUUGAGGGAAAGGACAACAGCUGAGACCAGCUUGAUUAACAGGGUUAAGUCAUUUCCAAAGAGCUUUAAACCAGGAACCUAUCAAGACACGAGUUCUGGGAAUCACACAAGUCCGAUUUUAUAUAAGCCUGAUUGGAGUCGCUCUCUGCCCUUCAGAAAAAAGUCUGAUUCUGGGCCUUCUGACAUCCCAGAAGGAGGUCAAAGUAUACAAGAGCGGAUAGACAAACUCUUUAGUUCAGCUGGGGAGAAGUCAGCGUGGGGGACCUUUCCUAGGCGGUUCUCUACCGUGGAGGGCAAAACUUCAGUACAAAGAAGAGCCUCAUUCAUUUGUUCUCAAAAGGGCACAGAUUCUUCAGAUGCUGAGACCUCACAUUGUUUUGGCACAAAGUCCCUGGACAGAGCCAGGAGCAGACACACAAUAGCAAACCAGAUCAGAUCUGACAGAGCUGCAGGAGGAGUUUCUGCAGUUACAUGUCCCAGCACAGAGAACAGACUGUACGAGAAUGAGGAAAACAGUCCGGUAAAUGCCAUGUUGGGUGAAAGAUUUGGUAAACCACAAGAACAAGAGGAAGCAAAGGGCCAAACUUUGCUGAAUGCUGCUCACGAUCAAGAUGAUUUUCCCUCAAACAUAAAGAGAAAGAAAGCAGAAGAUGGGAAGAAGGGUUCAGAAGGGCUGACGGUUCCCUCUUCAGCCAGCGUGAAAAACAAAAUCAAGCAGUUUGAGGCUCUGGCACAGAAAGCAGUAAGUCAAAUCCCAUUUCCCAGAUGGACUUCUUUAAAUUUAAAGCAGGAUAAAGGGUCGGAUGGAAUAAAGAAGAGCAAGUCGGCGAAAGAUAUCGCCGGUCAAAGAGAGGUGCGGCUGAAAGAGAUGACAAAUGGAGUCAAAGCAUCAGCAGUAGUGGAGAAGAGACUGUCAGAGAGGUCUCUAUCUGUGGAUGAGGGUGGACAAAAAAUGAUGAGCAGGGAGGUGGAACGACAUAAUCUGAUAGAAAACAAAAACAAGCCUUUUGAUGACUUUGAUGCAUAUAAAAAACGAGAUAAAACGGAGGAGAACUGCAGGAAAUCUGGGGAAGAUCAACCUGAUUUCUUCAAGGAGUCAAACCCGCAGGAGUCAAUCCAUGUGCAGCCGAAGAAGUUACCUUCAGCAGUUGGCGAGGACAAAUCUCAAACAAACUUCCUCAACAGCACACCUUUAAACCAAACAGUAAAAGCCUCUCCCACUGCAAGUAAAAACAAAAGUACGUCUGUCUUCACACAAACACCCAAAGCUUCGGAUCGAGACUGUCCACCUGGCCCUUUGCCUCCUACCACCUCCUCCAAAAGCAGCCUCACUGACCCCCUCCCUGUGCAUGUGAAAACGCCCAGCAUGGGCAGGAAGCACAUGCAGGACCUCACUGCUUGGGUAGCUGGCUUGCGUCCAGGAUACAAGUGCUGGAAUGAUGACGGAAGCGUUUUUGACGAUGAUGACCAAAGCACACAGAGAGAUGACGACUCCAACUAUGACUCUGACUCGGGGGGGUCCUCGGUGACCAUCACCAGCAACAUGAGCCUAUCAGAUCGCCCCAGCUUCAGUGUCAGCCUUUCAGAAUUGUGCAGCUUUGCGGGUCCUGACUUUGAAACAGACGAUGAGGAGGAUGACUGGGAGUCGGUGAGCCGCCGGUCGGCCUCAGUCUGCUCAGACAUGUCCGUCUUCUCCUGUGUGUCCACGCUGGCCACGGAAGAGCUCGACAGACUGCUUGAGGACGUCAGGACGGUGGAGGACGACAACAUAAAGGAUUAUGAGGACGUGCAGGUGGUGGUCCUCCAUAAGGAGGUUGGAGUGGGACUAGGCUUCAGUCUUGCUGGUGGUGUGGACCAAAACAAGCCAGUUACUGUUCACAAAGUGUUUCCCUCGGGUGUCGCAGCUCAGCAGGGCUCGAUAACGGAAGGAGACAUGGUUUUGUCCAUUAACGGGUCCUCGUUUCGACAAAGUACCCACAGAGAGGCCCUCGAUGUCCUCAAGAAGGCUAAAUCCCGGAGCAUGGGAGUUGUUGUGCUAAGGAGGGACGACGUCAGUGUUGCUGCAACAAUUGUUGCUCCAGAAGUUAAUGAAGAUGCGAUGCAAGCUCAGCAUGAGACAGCUCAGAACGUAUGUGUGCAGCUGCAGAAGAACAGCCGGCAUCUGGGCUUCAGCCUGCACGGGGGGGUGGGCUCCAGCGAGGGGAACGUGCCUCUCACUGUCAAGAAGAUCUUUCAUGGAGGUCCUGUUGACAAGGUGUUUCCCGGUGAUGAAGUCCUAGAAAUCGACGGCAUGAGCAUGGUGGCGAUGAGAUGCCUGGAGGCCUGGAAUUUCAUCAAGAAACUUCCUCAAGGGUCUGUGGAGGUGGUGCUGCGUCGCCCACUGAAGCUUCAGGAAACCUGAGGCCCCCUCGAGAACGUUAGCAUCAGGAGCAAUAAGCUAGAAAACUACAUAUGCACAGUAUCACCGCCUGCAGAGUGAAGGAACCUUAAAAUGAAGGGAGCUGUCAAAGCAUUGUGCCAUUAAAAACAACAACUGUGUACAAAGAAGACGGAAAAAACAUUUUCCAUGAAUUUAAAGUCUGUGAACUUUUCCUCACUUUCCUUUGGAAAGUGUUACAUCUACCUCAAGACCAGGAGAGUCUCCGUCCUAGCCACAACUUAAGAGCCUGAUGAUAUAAGUCAACUAAAUUAAACCUUUUGUGAGUUAAAACUACUUUUGGCGCUUGUAUAAAAAUGCACUAAAUUAUUGUACAUAGCUGUAAAUUUGUGUGUGUUGUAUUUUAUUUUUUGUCAGUUCUCACUUCUGGAUACAUUUGUAAUAAGUGCUAACCGAUUCAUAAA